GCUCGGCGCUUCCUGUUCCGGCGCCAGGAGGGGCCGCGCGCUGCUGGUGCUGCCGCCGCCGCUGCCGCCGCUCGGGCUGCGCUCGGUUCCAUCGCCGCCUCGAGGCCUUGCUGCGGGUUCGGAUCUCGCCCGGAAAAUGUCUGAUGAAUUUUCGCUGGCAGAUGCGCUACCUGAACAUUCCCCUGCCAAAAACUCUGCUGUGAGCAAUUCCAAACCCGGCCAACAUCCUCAAGGCUGGCCAAGCUCCAGCCCUUGGAAUAGCCCGAGUGCUCCUCCCUCCGUGCCGUCUGGACUCCCGCCAAGCGCAGCGCCCUCCACUGUGCCUUUUGGACCAGCGCCCACAGGAAUGUAUCCCUCUGUGCCUCCCACUGGACCCCCUCCAGGACCCCCAGCACCAUUUCCUCCUUCUGGACCAUCCUGCCCCCCACCUGGUGGUCCUUAUCCAGCCCCAACUGUACCAGGCCCUGGCCCCACAGGGCCAUAUCCUACACCAAAUAUGCCCUUUCCCGAGCUUCCAAGACCAUAUGGUGCACCCACAGAUCCAGCUGCAGCUGGUCAUUUAGGUCCAUGGGGAUCCAUGUCUUCUGGACCUUGGGCACCAGGAAUAGGAGGGCAAUAUCCCACCCCCAGUAUGCCGUAUCCAUCUCCAGGGCCAUAUCCCACUCCUCCUCCCCAAGCACCAGGGGCAGCACCACCUGUUCCAUGGGGCACUGUUCCGCCAGGAGCCUGGGGACCACCAGCACCAUAUCCUGCCCCAGCAGGGUCAUAUCCCACACCAGGACUCUAUCCCACUCCCAAUAAUCCUUUUCAAGUGCCUUCAGGACCUUCUGGUGCUCCACCAAUGCCUGGUGGCCCCCAUUCUUACCAUUAAGUUAACAAUGGACGAAGAGAUGACGCUUUGCUUUUUGAAGUACAUGUAUAUGCACACGCAUGCAUAUAGAAAAAUUGCUGGUUUCACUGUUCUAGAGGGCAUUCAUGAAUGAACAACUCUUGCACCUCUCAGAGAAGAUACCUGCCUCUUGUACUUGGAUGUGUAGGACAUCAGAUGGAUACAAUCAGAUAAAACUGUAAAUCAUUCAAAUGUGAUUUUUAUUCAGUUUUUAUGGAGAGUUAAAGUGAUUAAGUAUAUUGAAUAACUCUUUGAUACAAUUUGUUUAAAACAAAUUUUCAGUUUGUUUAAAUUAUGAAACUACGUGGAUUAUUGUUAGAAUCUGCAAGCUCGUUGGCAAAUUAUUUCAAGUAUUUUUCUAUAGUCACUUUUUCCCCUUAAUAAACACUUUGAAAACAAUCACAUUGUCAUAACUUAAACAAAUGGUGGCCUCUCAACAUCCUGAGCUAGUCCAUAGGAUGGAUAAACCUGGUCCUCUUGAGGUUGUUUUUUGGAUAUACAUUUUAAAACUGUUGGUAUUUAUUGUCAGAUGUUGAGUUAGUUAGCAGGCAGUGUUCAUUUUUAUCCUCGAGCUUUUAGUAAAGACUUUUCCUUCAUUUUGAGUUCCACCUGAUUUAUUUUUCGCCACCUGGGUUAUACAGCUCUAAAUUCUGCCUUUUAUGGAAGCUUUUUUUUUAUGCAGGCCAAUGUGUAUGUAAAUUAUGUUCUUAGAGAAUUGGUGAUCUCUUUGUAUUGCUUUAGAAUAGAUUAUGAGAUGUCCGUAUUGCUUUAGGAAGAACUCAAAGAAGGAAGUAAUUCUCUCCUUAGUCUGGAACCUCAAACUGGAGGAAACCCUGGGAACUGCUUCAUAGUGACAAGUUGCAUUCCCACAAAACACUCUUCUUCCCAGUAGCCCCCUCUCCCUCAGUUCUUGAGAAGGAGCAUGUCCCUUAAUUCCUCCCUGCUGUGGAAAACUGGCGCCCUCUCGGGUUCUGUCAUAAACUCGUAGAGCCGCUGUAUGUAGAGAACCGUAGUCGCACAGAUGUGACUGUUCUCUUUAGAAGUGCGGUCAGAACAUGUAUUUGUCUUUCAGAGUCUGGCAAGACUAUGUCGUUGUCUCUGGCAUAGUUUCCUCCAUCUGUUUGUAAAGUGCUUAUGGCUGACAUUUCAGUUAUGCAUUUGUUGACAGGAAAUAGGUAGAAUUGAGUGCCAUCCUUAAAAAUUAUCCUCCAGCUCUGACAGUGAAAAUAAUGAUGAAUUGUAGAUCUCUGCCAUCGAGUUUAAAGCAGCGUGACUGUUACUUAAUAAGUUUUGCUUGUAACCACCAGAAGAACCCACGUAGCUUUUUGACACCUUAUGUUUAAAUCAGGUUCUUAGAUUUGGAAUAGGACUAACCAUGUUAGUUGUCAAAUAACAUUUUGAAACUGAAUGUAUCUGUUGGGUUACUAAAAUGUUUUGUGAAUUUCUUGACUGGUAUAGGAGAGAUUUAUGGUAGAGCUGUUGUUUUUGCUUAGAAAUAAAAUGUUUAGUAGUUUAUUUCUGUUAUAAUUAAAAUGUCAUGAACGUCAAAUGCAACCAUUUAAUGGUUUGAUAGCUACCUCCUUUUAAGAAAGCAGGAUGGUCACCUUUGAGAGGAACAUUCAGUGUUUAAGCCUCCCUUUUAAGUAGAUGAUGGAUUCAAGCUGAGAAUUGAAAUUAAUUUGUUUAGAUAUUUUCGGACUGGGAAAUGUUGUUAGACAGCUCUUACAUAGUGGAGCAAGUGGUCUUUUUUUCUUUCACUACCUUGCAAGGACAAGUGGCAGCUACCUACAACAUUGUAGCUGCCAAGUAGCCUCCAAGUUACAAGGCAGGUAGCCUUUGAAGGUGUCAUAGCUUAAAUGGUCAGUCAGCAUCACCAUGUCCCUUAGCUCUGAAGGCAUAAGAUGAUCGGGAAAGUGAGAUGGCAGCGAAGAUCUCUCCUAAUGGUUGUCCUACAUUGGGAUAAGUUGACACCUCUGGCUUUAGAUGCAAUAUUUAAUUUAACACUAGAGAGGAUGAUGUUUGACUAAAAGAAAAGGAAGUAGCAAGUUUGGGAAUCUGUAAUUGUGAAGUCCAUUUAUUAUCGGAGAAAAUCUUUUGCUAAAGGAUUUGAAGGACCAUGAAUGCAGGAUUUGGAAUUAUACUCCCAAUAGGUGUAUUAACUUUGCUAGUGACCCAUACUGCCCAGUGUGCCUCAGUGGUACUGCCUUUUUAAUCUUUGCUUUUCAAGGACUUUCCAACUGGUAUUUGGGUUUUUUGUUUUUGUUUUUUUUUUUACUUAAGAAUGGAAAUAAAAGGGAAUAGAAUUUGCUUCUAUGUUAUUUUAAAUUCUUUAGACUAUCAUUUUUUAAAUUGGGACAGGGGCCCUCAGUUCUCGUGGGCACUAGGGCACACUUUUAGGUUCAGGGUGGAGUUAAGGAUGUCAGAGUUGUUUCAGUGGGGGAAAGCAUCUAGGAAGGUUCUUUCUCUUUACAAGGGAAUAAUGUUGCUUUCAAAACCGUCUUCGUAGUCUGAGAUCGGUUUAUGGAAGAGAUUGCUUGUUAAUAUCUUUGAUUUUUAGGAAUACUCUGGCAUUGGGACUUGGCAGAGCAAGAAUAUUAAGGUAAAUUUGAUGGAGAUGGUUGAGAUGUGUUGAGGAAUACUAUUUCUGGAGUUAGAAUCUUGGAUUUUGAAAUGUUGAACCUAAAAAUGACAGGGAAAAAUUAAAAUAUAGGCCUUAAGUCCUCAUUCGCAUGCUCGGUUCCCAAGAAUCAAGGCUCCUUAAAGGAGUGCUUCGCAUGCCUUGGCAUGUCUGUGCUGGGCUUGGCCUGACACCUUCUCAUGCUUUUGAAGAUGACUGUUUACAGCUCUGACUCCACAGCCCUGUUUUGUGUAAAGUAAUAAUUGGUUAUCCAGGAAUAGACAAUACAUGUUUUAAUUACCCAACGGCCUCCUUCCUUCUUUGUCAGUUUUACUGUUUGUUUUCAGUAGAGAAUAAUAAAAAGUCAGAGAAGAAAAGGGAGGCAUUUUGGGCCUUGAGUGGUCACACCACUGCAAUGGAAUAUUGGAAUAUUUUCUAGGAAAGAAGUCUUGCCCUUGAUAUUUUACCUCACAAAUAAUUAGUGCUACCUAGUGUACUCAAAUGUGCAGCUUUUGAAAUUUGGGUAGAUGAACAUAGCUCUACUCAAAGCUGCAGUGAAAAUGCUGUGCCUGGUUUGCGUGUCAGUCAGUUGUGUGCUCUUCUAAAUGAUGAGUGCCAGUGUCUUCCUUCCUCGCCCUGAGUGAUCUAGUGCCAGUUUUAUAAAAUGCCAAGGUUAUAAACCUAAGCACAGACCUUCAAGUGUUAAAUUUUUCAAAAGCAUAAGGUUAAAUUCAGUUGGAUCACACUGCUGUACUGUGCAUAGAAAGUGGUGGCUGGCUUUUGGGGAAGACUAUAAUCUUAAUAAAGCAAUAUUUAGUAUUGAAGACAGACACUAUUUUAUUUUCAGAAUGCUGCCAAGUGAAAUAAAACUUGCCAAUAGAAUAAUCAAUAUUAAAUACCAUGCAAGCUUCUGGCUAUAGAAAAUGUCUGAGAACUGCAUUCAUUCAACAGACACUUAAAUGUCCGUGGUCCAGGUGCUUUGCCAGGCGCCAGAGAUAACAGAGAUGAAAGAGAAUGCCUGUCCUUGAGAGGGCCGCCGUCCAGAGCGGGCAUGACGGAACUCCUCAGCACACCCAUGAUUGGUGUACCAAGAUAAACAUAUUUUAGUCUUGCUGCACUGGUGGAAAUUAUAGACCAGCCUUUGGGCAUUUUAAAGAGCAAAGUAUGGUAUAUCUUUUCUUGUAAGUAAGAAAUUACUGUUUUUCAAGGUUGAAGUUUUGUUGCAACUCUUCAAGCGUGUGGAGUAAUGGAACGUGGUUCCUCUUCCCUUUCCCCUGGAGAAGGCACUUUCACUGCCUGUCACUCAUUAGCAGAUACUGAUUUGUGGCCAUUAAGUAAGCUUCUUAUACGUGCUCUAUAAAGGUUUUUGUAUUUUUUCCUUGAUAUUGUGACUUUUUCAUUUGCUUAAUAAUGACAAAUUUAAUGUAUGUAAUUGUCUGCAUUUUAAGUUAAACUGCCUAAAAUGUGAUUUGAGACAUAUACAUCUGUUUGUAUUAUGAACUGUAAGCAAUCUGUUCGAGUUGUUAGGUUUUCUAUCACCUGCUGCUGUAUUUGUAAACAAAGACAUAUUGCUUUAAGAAGUAAUUAUAAUUAGAAAUAGUCUUUGAAUGUGAUACUUGAUAUUUUUUAAGCUAAACUUGUUUGCUUUUGUGUAUUAUACCUGAAAACGUUUUUUAAAAAUGUAUUUUCAUGUUUU